CCCCGCUCGCCCCGCCCCGUUUCCUGCGCUGCAGACACUGGUCGCUUCCAGCCGGGUGGCGGGAAAAGCGGUGGCUGUGCGCCGGAGGGCGGCCAGGCUCGGAGGGGCUCCGGAGGACCCGCCGGGAGCCGGCCUCAUCAUUUUCAUCCUGUCUGUCUCCAUUGCCCAUCCUUCUCUGCUGGCUGGUCCUCUGAUGUAUGGACUUAUACAUGAUGAACUGUGAACUUCUAGCCACAUGUAGUGCCCUUGGGUACUUAGAAGGAGACACUUACCACAAAGAGCCGGAUUGCUUAGAGAGUGUAAAGGAUUUGAUCCGCUACUUGAGGCAUGAGGAUGAGACCCGAGAUGUGCGACAGCAGCUGGGGGCAGCGCAGAUCCUGCAGAGUGACCUCCUUCCCAUCCUCACCCAGCACCGCCAGGACAAGCCUCUCUUUGAUGCAGUUAUCAGACUGAUGGUAAAUUUGACUCAACCAGCCUUGCUCUGUUUUGUCAAUGUGCCCAAGGAACCUGGCAUGCGGCACCAUUUUCUGCAGGUGCUAACAUAUCUGCAGGCCUACAAAGAGGCCUUCGCCAAUGAGAAAGCUUUUGGAGUCCUCAGUGAAACCUUGUAUGAGCUGCUACAGCUGGGCUGGGAAGAUCGGCAGGAGGAAGACAACUUGCUGAUUGAGCGGAUCCUGCUGCUGGUCAGAAAUAUUCUUCAUGUCCCAGCUGACCUUGAUCAGGAGAAGAGGAUCGAUGAUGAUGCCAGCAUCCACGACAGGCUUCUCUGGGCAAUUCACCUCAGCGGCCUGGACGACCUGCUCCUCUUCCUGUCCAGCUCAUCUGCUGAGCAGCAGUGGAGUCUGCAUGUGCUAGAGAUUGUUUCCCUUAUGUUCCGUGACCAGAACCCUGAGCAGCUGGCUGGAGUAGGGCAGGGACGCUUGGCUCAGGAGCGAAGCACAGAUGUGGCAGAACUGGAGGUUUUGCGCCAGCGAGAGAUGGCAGAGAAGAAAACUCGAGCCCUCCAGCGAGGCAACAGGCAUUCUCGAUUUGGGGGCUCCUACAUUGUCCAAGGGUUGAAAUCCAUUGGAGAAAGGGACCUCAUCUUUCACAAAGGCCUUCACAAUCUCCGAAACUACAGUUCUGAUCUGGGAAAGCAGCCCAGGAGGGUGGCUAAACGUCGCCAGGCUGCCCAGGAGCUAUCCAUUCAGCGUCGAUCUGCCCUCAACGUGAGGCUUUUCCUUAGAGACUUCUGUUCUGAGUUCCUGGAGAACUGUUACAACAGGCUUAUGGGUGCUGUCAAGGAUCACCUGCUUCGGGAGAAAGCCCAGCAGCACGAUGAGACCUACUAUAUGUGGGCUUUGGCUUUCUUUAUGGCCUUUAACCGAGCUGCCUCCUUCCACCCUGGUUUGGUUUCUGAGACCCUUAGUGUCCGUACCUUCCACUUUGUUGAGCAGAACCUCACCAACUACUAUGAGAUGAUGCUGACUGACUGUAAGGAAGCUGCCUCCUGGGCGUGCCGGAUGCACCUGGCUUUAAAGGCUUAUCAGGAGCUGCUGGCCACAGUGAAUGAGAUGGACAUGUCCCCAGGUGAGGCUGUGAGGGAGAGUAGUCGGAUCAUCAAAAGUGAGGCCCUGGCCUGGGCUCUGAUCCCAGCUUUCCCAUCUCCAGUAGAAUCUCAUUCUUCCUAUAAACGGGUUCACAGCUUGAUUCGGAGGAGCAGCAUUCAGGUGUUGACUCAUACUUCUGCUUUUCAAAAGGAGGAAGUUAUAGGCUUUAUUUUCAACAAAUGGAAAAAGAGAAAGAAGAAAAAGAAGGUUCUAUAUGAAGCUGUUGCUCCUGGUAAUGUCCCACCUAGCCCAGAGGAGCUGGUGGCUCUGUGGCCAGCCCUGUCUGAGCAGCUGCUGCGGUGUGCCCAGGAUCCUGAGCUCAGUGUAGACACCGUUGUUCCCUUCGAUGCUGCCUCAGAGGUGCCAGUGGAAGAGCAACGGGUAGAAGCCAUGGUGCAGAUCCAGGACUGCCUCAUGGUUGGCCAGGCUCCACAAGCCCUGGUCCUCCUGAGGUCUGCCCGAGAAGUGUGGCCAGAAGGAAAUGUGUUUGGCUCUCCCGACAUUUCUGCAGGAGAAGAGAUGCAGUUGCUGAAGCAGAUCCUUUCUGUUCCACUUCCCCGGCAGCAGGGGCCAAUGGAAGGAGAUGCAGAGGAAGAAGAGGAAGAGGAGGAGGAGGAGGAGGAGGAAGAAUUGCGGGUGGUCCAGGUGUCGGAGAAAGAGUUUAACUUUCUGGACUAUCUGAAACGCUUUGCAUGUUCAACCGUCGUGCGAGCCUACGUACUUCUGCUGCGGAGCUACCAGCAGAAUAGUGCCCACACCAACCACUGUGUUGCCAAGAUGCUGCACCGGCUAGCACAUGACCUCAGAAUGGAAGCUCUGCUUUUCCAGCUCUCACUGUUCUGCCUCUUCAGUCGUCUGCUUAGCGACCCUGCUGCUGGAGCCUAUAAAGAGCUAGUGACGUUUGCCAAAUACAUCCUUGGCAAAUUCUUUGCAUUGGCUGCAGUCAACCAAAAAGCCUUUGUGGAGCUGUUAUUCUGGAAGAACACAGCUGUGGUUCGAGAGAUGACUGAGGGCUAUGGCUCCCUUGAGAGCUGGCCUUCCAGUUGCAGAGCUCCUGUGUGGAGCACUGAGGAAGAGGCCCAGCUUCAGGAAUUGUAUCUUGCCCAUAAGGAUGUAGAAGGUCAGGAUGUGGUAGAAACCAUCUUGGCACACAUGAAAACUGGUCCUCGAAUGCGCAAGCAGGUCAUCCACCAUCUGGUACAGCUGGGACUGGCUGAUAGUGUCAAGGACUUCCAGAGGAAAGGAACCCAGAUUGUAUUGUGGACAGAGGAUCAGGAGCUGGAGCUGCAGCGGCUUUUGGAGGAGUUCCAGGACUCUGAUGAUAUCCUUGGUCAUAUCAUGAAGAAUAUCACAGCCAAACGUUCCCAGGCUCGAAUAGUGGAUAAACUGCUGGCUCUGGGGCUGGUGACUGAACGGCGGCAGCUGUACAAGAAACGGAGGAAGAAGUUGGCACCUUCCAGCAUGCCUAAUGGAGAAGAGCCCCUGAAAGAUUCUUGGCAGGAAGAUUUGGAAGAAGAAGAAGAAUGGCCAGAGGAAGAGUGUGAAGAGGAUGGAGAAAAGGAAGACUUGGAAGCAGAACAAGUUCAGGGUAGCUUGUUUCUCUCUACUAAGAACCUUGGUCAAGGCCUGCAUCAGGAAGCCUUUUGUGCUCCUCUCCUUUGGCUCCAGAACUGCCUGAUUUGUGCAGCAUGUGAUCGGGAAGAGGAUGGCUGCUCCCAGGCAAUCCUACUUGUGCCACUGACAGAAGAAAAUGAGGAAGCAAUGGAAAAUGAACAGUUUCAACAGCUGUUGCACAAGCUAGGAAUUCGGCCCCCCUCCUCUGGGCAGGAAACAUUCUGGUGAAUCCCAACCAAACUGAGCCCCACCCAGCUCUGAAGAUUAGCAGCUUCUUUGAGUCAACAUGAAGAGGGGUAGGAGGAGGAGGAGGAGGAGAAGGAAAAGGACAAGAAGCCACAACCAGAGCCUGAGCUACAGUCGAGAGUCCCUGGAGAUCACAGUCCUAGUGAGGAACACCGAGCCAAAGCUCUGAGAGCCCUCUUGUUAGUCCGUGAGAAGGAAACAGGCCUGGUGUCCCCGGAAGUCACUUCAGAGGAAGGGAUUGCUGGGGAGAAAGAGCAGUGGAUGGUAGUGUCUAAGAAGCGACUCCUGCUGGACAGUGAUGAGGAGGGAGAUGAGGCCAGGAGCCAAGCACCAGAGCUGGGUGCUCCAGCAAUCCACAAGAAGAAACGAUUUCAAAUUGAAGAUGAAGAUGAAGAUGACUGAAAAGCCAGGUGUCUCAUGCUAGAGAUAGAUUUCCAGAUGGGAGGGCGCAGAAUCUACUCUUGCUGAAUUGAAAGUAAUCCUGCCUACACGUACAGCCCAAGAAUUUUAGGCAACAGUGUUGAGUGGCCUCUACAGUCAGUCCUCCCAGUUUCCUUAGUAUGAGCUCUCUGGAGACGUAAUCCUCUUCUAGGAACCAUCUCUUAGCCAGUGAGAGGAGUAAAUGAAAUACAGAAGGCAGCCUGGGCCCUCUCAUCCAUCUGUUCUUUUGGCUUUCUGCUAGAGGUAGGUCAUAACACCAGACAAGAAGCUUUGUAACACAUGGCGGGGGGUCACACCAUUUUUAGAAAGCACUAGAUUCCCUCAUUUUCUUUCUAGUGAUCAUUCUUGAGACACAAGAUUAAACCUGAUUCUUGCAGUUGAGGUAGAGCUGAGGUGCACUACUCUCAAGAUGACAGACAUACUUUGUGUUUGUUAUGUUAAUAAAAUGGGAAAUUUAAAAUUGCUGGUCUCCAUGUGAC